AUGUCCCAUCACCAAAACCAACAAAACUCCAACAACAACUCCCUCGGCUACGAGGAGUUCACCUGUCUCCUCUGCUACAAAACCAUCUCCGCCGACCGACCACCCAUCUUCAACGACGACAACUGCAGCUGUGUCGAGGCGGCAAUGGUCAGUAACGGUGGAGAGGGACAGCAAUCAUUCAGACUGAUUCCUCGACCUGAUUCAUACGCGUCUUCCGCACUGAGCGUUCCUAGUCCAGAAGGGCCAGAGAAUGAGGAACCUGAUAUAGAUCUCACUGCCAACUUUCCUCCUGUUGGCCCUGAAUGUGGCCAGAGCGAGCGUCGAGAUAGUCGUUCGUCCGUUUCUGGGGCUUAUAUGUCAUACCAAAUGCGACGAUUCCUCGUUGACCUCGGACAGGAGUGUGGAGAGAAUACAGUCACCCCUCCUAGCCUCUCACCUCGAGAUGAUCAUAUAGAUGUCCAAAGUUCUAUAAUGGCUUGUUUGAGUAGCAAGAGUGGGAGUAAGAAGAGUAUGAGGAGCUCUGGAAGUGGUGAGGAAAUGAGUUAUAUUGGACAUGGAUCAGAUGUUAUGUGUGGAAUGGGGACUUGGGCUGAAGAUGAUGACGGGUUGUGUGGUCGGACUGGUCUAGAGGUUAGUGGGCAAUUCGAGUAA